UCAGCACCUCAGCCUCAGCACCUCUUCAGCACCAUACUAGAAGGAGAAGGACCUUUAAAUCGAGUCCAGGAAGGGAGAAGAAGGGAGGGAAAGGGAAGAAGGGGAAGGGAAAGGAAGAAAAACCGUCAGCACCUCAGCCUCAGCACCUCUUCAGCACCAUACUAGAGGGAGAAGGACCUUUAAAUCGAGUCCAGGAAGGGAGAAGAAGUGAGAGAUAGGAAAAGAAGGGAGAGAAAAAGGAAGAAAAACCAUCAGCACUACAGCCUCAGCACUAUAGCAGAAGGAGAAGGACCUUGAAACAUCAUUAUAAUCAAGACCAGGAAGGCAAAAGAAGGCAGAGAAAAGAAAGAAGGGAAAGAAAAAGGAAGACGAGAUAAAAAGGAAGAAAAAGGACUCGUCAACACCACCAGCACUCAGCACCAUCAGCACCACAUCAUCACAGAGCUAAAACACCAUAUAAACCAACACCAGAAAGAUAGAAAGAACCUAAAUAAGAGAAAAAAGCAAGAUAACCGAGAAAAAGGAAGAACUGUCAAAACCACCACCAUCACCACCAGAGACAAAACACCACUAAAACCAACACCAGAAAGAUAGAAAAAGAGAGAAAACAAGACAGAGGAAAAGGAACCGUUAGGAAGGAAGGAGGACCGGCCGCAGGAGGAGGAGGAGGAAGAGGACGUCAAAAGGUAUCCUCCACGACCCGUCCCUCCAGUGACCGCCUACGGGAGGUCCUGCAGGGCAUCCUAGGAGGCCAUUCACCCCUCCUUCACCCCCGCUGAGACCUGGGAUGUGGUGAUGUGGAGGAUGGUGCGUCGAUACGUGCCCCAUGCCUUGGUGGGGGCGCUGGUGCUGGUGCUGCUAUACCGUGGCCAAUACACCUGUGAACCGGCCCCCUACAGACACCACAGACAGGUAAAGCACGUGGCGGCGGACAACAGCGGCGCCCUACACAACUAUGACCGGAGCGAGCCCAUGAUCUUUAUUGGGGGCAUGCCUCGCUCGGGGACCACUCUUGUGCGGGCCAUGCUGGACGCUCACCCCGACGUGCGCUGCGGGGAGGAGACGCGCGUGGUGCCCCGGAUACUGCAAAUGCGCCAGCAGUGGAAGCGGUCGGCGAAGGAGUCCAUGAGGUUGCAGGAGGCGGGCGUGACGGACGAGGUGCUGGACGAAGCCAUCUCCUCCUUCAUCCUGGACAUCAUAGUCAACCACGGUCAGCCCGCCGCGCGCCUCUGCAACAAGGACCCGUUCACCCUCAAGUCCGCCGGCUACCUCUCCAAGCUCUUCCCCAAGGCCAAGUUUAUCUUCAUGAUCCGCGACGGCCGGGCCACGGUGCACUCCAUCAUAUCCCGCAAGGUCACCAUCACUGGCUUCGACCUGUCCUCAUACAAGCAGUGUCUCCAGCGGUGGAACAGUGCCGUGCAGACCAUGAACACCCAGUGCGAGGAGCUGGGGGCCUCAAGGUGUCUGCCAGUCUUCUACGAGCAGCUGGUUCUUCACCCGCAGGAGUGGAUGAGGAAGAUUCUGAGCUUCCUGGAGAUUGAGUGGAAUGACGCUGUGCUCCAUCAUGAAGAGCAUAUUAACAAGCCCGGCGGAGUGUCGCUGUCGAAGGUUGAGCGCUCCAGCGACCAGGUGAUCAAACCGGUGAACCUGGACGCCCUGACGCGGUGGGUGGGCCUGAUCCCCAAGGAAGUGGUGGAGGACAUGGCCAACAUCGCCCCCAUGCUGGCCACCCUCGGCUACGACCCCUACGGCAACCCCCCAAACUACGGCCAGGCGGACGCCCUCGUGGCAAACAACACCAAGAGGAUAAUGAAGGAGGCUAAUAAAUGGGAGGACCGAGCAGAGGCCGUGCGCAGCUUCUCAAAAAACAGGAAGGCCGAUAACACAUGAUUGAGGUCCCCCCAGUACUGCGUCCCUCCCCCUCAGCCCCAGUCACCGCCCCGGGUCGCCUGUGGACAGUGGCGCUGCUCCGAGGGACUGCGAAGGGGAGUUUAUGAGACACUGUGAGCCUCUCGGUCCCUCGACACUCGUGAUAUUAAUACAAGCCCUUGCCCGCUCUUGUGUUCACUCUCCCUCCCUCCCCCGCACUCUGGGUUAUGUUAAGGCUUUGAAAAGACCCAUAACAAUCGUCUUCUGUGGAUUAUGUUCGAGGAAAUGCUAGAAGUUGUUGCUCUUGUGUUCACCCCAUCCCGGCCACUCUGGGUUAUGUUAAGGCUUUGAAAAGACCCAUAACCGUCGUCUUCUGUGGAUUAUGUUCGAGGAAAUGCUAGAAGUUGUUGCUCUUGUGUUCACCCCAUCCUGGCUAUUCUGGGUUAUCGUUAGGCUAUGAAAAGACCUGGAAUUGUCGUCUCCUGUGGAUUUUGUUCGAGGAAAUACUAGAACGUUUUACACAUCUAAGUUAAGUCUCGCUCCCCUCUCCACUCUGGGUUACAUUAAGGCUAUGAAAAGACCUGUAAUCGUCGUCUCCUGUGGAUUAUGCUCGAGGAAAUGCUAGAACGUUUUACACAUCCAAGUUAAAUCUCGCUCCCCCCGCCACUCUGGGUUAUUGUUAGGCUUUGAAAAGACCUGUAAUCGUCGCCUUCUGUGGAUUAUGUUCGAAGAAAUACUUAAACUUUUUACGUAUCUAAGUUAAGUCUCACUCCCGAAGAAAUACUAGAACUUUUUACGUAUCUAAGUUAAGUCUCGCUCCCCUCUCCACUCUGGGUUAUGUUAAGGCUAUGGAAAGACCUGGAAUCAGCGUUUACUCUGGGUUAUGUUCGAGAAAAUACUAGAAAUUAUUACGUAUGUCUUAAGUUUGAUCCCACUCCCGCUGUGCACUGUGAAUGAUGACCGUGAGAAGUCGUGUCGUUGUUUUUCCUUGCGUGAAGUGUCGUGAGAGAGUGGAAGUGAAAGAAACUCACACCCCGCCACCCACCUUCCUCUCCUUCCCUUCCCUGAGUUCUUGGCGUCUGAAAAAACGAAUGAAAAGGAGGAACAAUCAAGUCUUCAUAUCCACAUCUUUUGGGGCUCGUUUGAUGGAGAGGCGAUCUGGUGACAUGCUCAGUGCUGUCAUACAUAUUUAUUUAAGAUAUUGGAGUGUAUGGAAUCAAGGGUUGGAGUGUUAAUGGUAAUGGGGUAGUGUAGAAAGGAGGAUGAAGUCUGGUGAAGUGUGAGGGGCAGGAGGGGGAGGAGGAGGAAGGGGAAGCUUGAAGAGUGAGAAAGUAAAGAAGGAUGAAGUGUGGAGUGGUUAGUAAGCAUGGUGAAGUGUGUGAGGGAGGGCCAGGAGGAGGAGGGAGCAUUAGAAGUGAGUAAAAGAGAGUAGAGAGAAAGAUGAAGUGCAUUGUAGCAGGCAUGAAUUGUAAGGGGAACAGGAGGAGGAGGAGGAGGAGGAGAAGUGUCGUGAAGUGAGAAGGGGAGAAGGACGAGGAGGAGAGAGCAUCAGAAGUGAGUAAAAGAGAGUAGAGAGAAAGAUGAAGUGCAUUGUAGCAGGCAUGAAUUGUAAGGGGAACAGGAGGAGGAGGAGGAGGAGGAGAAGUGUCGUGAAGUGAGAAGGGGAGAAGGACGAGGAGGAGAGAGCAUCAGAAGUUAGUAAAAGAGAGUAGAGAGAAAGAUGAAGUGCAUUGUAGCAGGCAUUAAGUGUAAGGGGAACAGGAAGAGGAGCAGGAGAAGUGUGGGACAUCAGAAGUUAGUGAAAAAGCACCAUUUCAUAACCUCUCUUGUGCCAUGAAGUGGGUAGAUAGUGACAGGCAAGACUUUAGUGAUGGUGAGAAGUGAUGGUGGUGGUGGUGAUGAAGAGUGGGGGGCGUCAGAUGUGAAUGAAAAACCAGCACUUCAUAACCUCUGAGUGCCAUGGAGUGGGUAGUUAGUGAUGGGCCAGACUUUAGUGAUGGUGAGAAGUGAUGGUGGUGGUGGUGGUGAUUGCAUACCACCUCACUAAUCAAACCUUACCACUACAAUUCACUAACCAAAACACACUGCAUCAUUCCACUUCUCUAACCAAGUCAUACCACACACCACUUCACUUCUCUAGCCAUACCAUACCACACCACUAACCAAACUAAACCACUAUUCCACCUCUCUAACCACAGCAUACCACUCCACUACUCUAACCAAAGCCACACCACUAACCAAACCAAACCUCUAACCAAAACGAACUGCAUCAUUCCACUUCUCUAACCAAGUCAUACCACACACCACUUCACUUCUCUAGCCAUACCAUACCACACCACUAACCAAACUAAACCACUAUUCCACCUCUCUAACCACAGCAUACCACUCCACUACUCUAACCAAAGCCACACCACUAACCAAACCAAACCUCUAACCAAAACGAACUGCAUCAUUCCACCUCUCUAACCAUAGCAUACCACCCCACUACUCUAACCAAAGCCACACCACUACACCAGACUUCAUGAUAGCUUGUCGUCACCACCUGGGAAUUCAGAGAGAGCGAAUAGGACGUAUAUAUUAUUUCUCGGACCUCAAACAGCAUAAUAAACAUGACUUACAAUGAUAUUUUUUUGGCUCAGGUCCCAGGCAGUAGGUUAAGCUAGGCCCAGGGUCAUCUUACACACCUUUUCCAUGACUCGAUAAGCAAAUAAUAACAAGGAGGGAUAUUUUGUUGUCCAGUAAAAUGUGAAGUACUGCACUAGCCAUGUUACUUUCCAUACCCAAUGAAGAUGCAAAGGGAAAAUAAGGAUGUUGAAUGGAAAGAAGAUUAAGACACAAAGGAGGUAAAAUAAGAGAUGAUAGAUUAAAAGAAGAAGAUUAAGAUGCAAAGUAGUACAGAGAAUGCCCUCCUGUCUUGAAUUAGUGGACAUCUAGUAUUCAUGACUUAAGAGUGAGGUGGAGAGGCACUUUGUUGGCAUUGGUUGUUAUGUUUAAUGCCAUAUAAUUAUGAGGCCUGAAGUCAAGGAUGAGGUUGGUCUUCCUUCCCUUCAGUCCACCCUCCAUCGUGUCUGCAGCUCCAUACUGAAGAGGCAUUGACAGAUUUGGCCUUCAUUCUGUUCAAAGUCAAGAAUGAGGCCUGAAGUAAAAAUGAGAGUGGUCUUCCUUCCCUUCAGUCCACCCUCCAUCAUGUCUGCAGCUCCAUACUGAAGAGGCAUUGACAGAUUUGGCCUUCAUUCUGUUCAAAGUCAAGAAUGAGGCCUGAAGUAAAAAUGAGAGUGGUCUUCCUUCCCUUCAGUCCAUCCUCCACCAUGCCCACUGCCCCAUGCUAAAGAGGCACUGACAAACUAACUAUAUAUUUAAAGGCUUCUUGGAAUAAGGCAUUGUUGUCAUGUCCAUCAAAUCAUCAAUCCGACCUUCAAAACUUAUGCCAAAGGGAGCACUCAAUAGGGAGCCACUUGAACCAGGAAGGGAACAUUCAAGGCUAUAAAAAAUUAGCUUGUGUCACCAUUGGCUCGGGGCAAACACCAUCAUUACCCACAGGCUCAAUAAGGCCUCCAAAUGAAAGAAAAAACACUAAUAGAUAUAAGAAUAGACUCUGGUGAAGGUCCAAUAUAAUACCCUGAAGCAGUGAGCCAAAACAUACUGAAAUGGAAGAGAGGUUGAGGGUUCUUUGGGCAUCCACGAGCACUCUGCAAGAACGUUAAUAAUCACAGGUAAAGGUGACUAGCAGGUCUUAGAUGGACCCUCACACUUGUUGACAAAGGCCUCGGUGCUUCUUAGGUCAGGGUCAGUCUGCUGAGGUGUGACAUGGGAGGCUGGACUUCUCGAGUAGACGUGUGUGUGUGUUCUGUCUUUACGUUAAGUCUUUUAUACCAACAUUAGUUUUAGUCGAGAGGCGGCGGAGUGCAGCGAUUCAAGUGUCUCUUUGUUCUCCGUAUACACAGUGAAUGGAUCUUUGUAUAAACGUUACACUUUAAGCAUCUACAGAGUGGGUUUCUAGGAAGCUGUCGAGGGUUUGUAUUCGUGUAUAGCCUAGGAAACUGUACGUACUUCUGGAGUGAUGGUAUUAUUUAGUUCGUAAGCCAGGCGAGGGAAGUGUGUGUGUGUGUGUGUGUGUGUCCUGUUACUAAACCCAACUUGUCCUCACCACCAUGUCCACCUUGUUAUGUAAAGUGUUUUCCGUUUCACAAAGUAUUUUUCUUAUCUUACCAGUGAAUAGCAUGGCAACUACUGUACUGUGUGUGUGUCUGGUGAAUAAUGUUUAGUGGUGCAUCUAUCACCACACGUAAAGGUUAUUGAAACGUUUAGCUCAAUAAGUAUAAGAACGACGUAAAUUCUUUAGCGUAUAAACAGUCCAAGUGACGGACAUCCUCGUAGCUUGAUGUGAUGCUGAGACGUACCUUGCUUUGUGUUGCUGAUCCGCGUGUGUGUGUGUGUGUGUGUGUGUGUGUGUGUGUGUGUGUGUGUGUGUCGGGCGCAUCACGCUUUACUGGGGCAGUCGGGCCUAAUGGGAACGGUGGAAGUGAAUCAACUGGUGGCAUGAAUGCUGAGGAAUGCCUGUCUUCAUGAGUUCCCCAGCCCACCGAAAGAAUACUGGAGGUUAACAAGCCCAUCAACACAAGGCCCAACCUCCCAGGCCACGCUUACAGGAAGUUUCUUGUGCUGGCAGUGACUCAUGUUGUGUUCAUUGUCGCCUCAGUUUCUUUCUCACAGUCGUCACCCUUGUAAUGAAUCGCUGGGCUGAGUGGGAGACGCUAAUGACUGAAUGCUUGGCUUCCACUGACACGAUCGCCUGAAGCCGUGGGUGUGAGGUGCCACUCGCUGGACGCUUUGUGUUGAAACUCACUUGCCAUAAAAAUGUGCUGAGAUAGUGUGUGCAAUGUUAUCACCUUGGCUGCUGUGCUGUACUCAGAUCAUUGUUUAUAGAUUAUUAUAUAUUACCCUACUUUCCAUAAACCGUGAAGCGUUCUGAAUAUGUAGUCAACACUCGCUUCACCUUCAUGGACGAGUUACUUUCACCCCCGGAUUCUUGCCUCACCUCAGGAAGCUGUUCGUCAGUGUGGGGAGGAAGACGGAGUGGUGGUGGGGUGACGUAAGGAAGCAAUGCAGGAGGUUAAGGAGAGUCAUAAAGUGGGAGAGUUCCUGCGAGGGAUACUUAUUCUUUUGUACCAUUUGCUUACAAGUGAUAUCUGCGUUGCUGGUGCUUCUUCCUUGUGCUAGGUGUGUGUGUGUGUGCAUGUGUAUGUGUGUGUUUGAGAGAGAGAGAGUAACCCUUUGUGAGCCACUUCCCUGACCACUUUACUAUUACUCCAGUUGUGAAGAUGAACCAUUUAGCACAAAAAUCAAUGCAUAUAUAAACGACACCACCGCCAUUUAGCAGCAUCGUACACACACACAGAGUCGCCCUCGCCGUGACGCCACACACUCGUACACAGUCAUCCAACACGUACUCUCCGCAUCUCCUCAUAGUAAACGCGCAUACACUAGCCGUCACCGUAGAGCUCAAAGAUACGUAAUGUGUUUUAUGCAUCCGUUAAAAAAAUGUGUUAGGCUUUCCGUAUACUGAAGGAAGAGAAUAAUCAAAAUACAUACUCGGUGUUACUUUUGAUGUAGGUGUUUUGAGAGGUGCCCAAAGGUAUGCUGCUGCUGCGUGUUGACUGAGUGCUGUUGCUGAGUGGAGGAGGACACUGGCUGGCUGACAGGAUGAGGAACGGAAGUGAUGAGAGAGAACGAGGAACAGAAGUGAUAAGAGAGAUUGAGGAACAAGUGAUGAGAGAGAACAAGGAACAGAAAUGAUGAGUGAGGAUGAGGAACAAAAGGGAUGGAGAGAGAAUGAGAAACAGAAGUGAUGAGAGAGAAUGAGAAACAGAAGUGAUGAGAGAGAACGAGGAACACAAGUGAUACUGAAAACCACGGAACCUUUCUGUGAGCAAGACUCGUAGAAACAUUUGAAGAACACAAGUGCCAACGUGCGAGCCUCGUUAAACUAUCUGAAUGAUUUAUUUGUAGUCGUUUUACAGUAAGAGUUCAUUUUGAUUACGUUCGUUAAGUUCAUCGAGAUUAAAAUUCCAUAAGUUCGUUUUGUUUUCAAUCGACUAGUCCUCGUAAUGCACAAGCAAGGGUCUUCAGGCAAAAUAUAAUUCAAGUUCAUAUCAUUCUGUUAAACUUUAUUCUUGUACUGUUAGGUUUGUCUCUAUCAUGCUCAGUGAAUUAAAAACAGGAGAAAGAUAUGUGUGUGUGAGUGUGUGUAUGUGUGUGUGUUUGUUCGGAGUGAGAAUCUGUGUCGAAGGAAUACUGUGUUUGGAAUUCAGUCUUAAAUCGCUGUACAUUAUAACACAACCGAGGAGAUGAAAAAAGGAAAAUUAAGGAAAGAAAAAGAAAUGAAGGAAUAAAAGUUGUGUUCAGAACUCAAUCUCAAGUCACUGUCCGUUUAACACAACCAAGAAAAUAAAAAGAGGAAAAUGUAGGAAAGAAAAGGAUAUUAAGGAGUGAAAGUUGUGUGCAGGACUCAAUCUUAAUUCACUGUACAUUAUAACACAACCAAGGAAAUGGAAAACACAUCCAAGAACCUCAGGCUAAGGGCCGUAUUACAAGUCGAAUCCAAGAAUUUUUAGCUUCCCACAGAGUUCGGGAUGAAUAACGCGCGUACACUAGCCGUCACUGUAGAACUCAAAGAUACGUAAUGUGUUUUAUGCAUCCGUUUAAAAAAAAUGUGUUGUGCUUUCCGUAUACCAAAAACUUCUCAGAUUUGACAUGUAAUACAGCCCCUAAAUAUGAACUUGUCAAUAUUAUAUCCAGUAAUUUGAGAUGUUAUGCAGUCUAUGGUAUCCUAACUUUGAACCAUGUAAGAUGACCAAGGAACUCACCAACCAAGAAGAGAUUAAAUGUGAACUAUCCGUCAUUAUUACUAGGGUCAAAGGAUAUGGUCGAACUAUUAAGUAGAUCGGAACAUCUUUAUACAGUGGAAAUGUUAAAGGGCACGGGAGGGCAAGUGAAGGACGUGAGAUAAGUAAGUGCAUCAAUAAAAAUGUGAACACUA